UAGAACCCUUUACUACCCAGUUGCACCAGCAUUCCACCAAGGAAAGAGAGAGGCAGCAGGCAGAAAGAAAGAAAGGAGAAAGGCAAGAAAAGGGAAGUCAUGUAAAGGAAAAUGAAGCGAGCACGAGGUGAGAGAACAGCAGCCAGUGCAGGGGCAAGGUGGAUUUGGCUUCCCUUUUCCUUCAGGAAGGGGGUGAAUUUACCUCAGUGCUGCCUCGGGAAUUAUCCAGGUCCAGAUGUUGCCAGAAAGGAACAAUAAAGAGGGAGAUUCGGGGGUGGAUUUUCUUCUUCCUCCUAUUUGCCCGGGAUCACCGCUUGUUACUUGUUAGACGUCCAGCUGCCUAGACUCUUUCUGCCUUCGAUGUUGGUGUUUUAAGGUUCAUAUCCAUCCAUCCUGCCGUCGGCUUGUCCCGGCAGCCCUGGAGGUUGAGGGUCGCCUUCGGCUGAGUUCUCCAAAGAGCUGUGGAUGGGGCAGGUCCGACUGACUGAAUGCCUGGGCAGUGAGAGGUGCUUUGGGGGUGCUGUGGUAGCCGUGGGCUGAGAGAUGUGAGGGGAAGCAAGGAGGGGGAGGAGGAGGUGGAGAGCGGCUCCGGGAGCCACCCGGUUCAAGGCGAAAGCGGCCCAAAGUGACUGCCUGGAAGAUCCGCGACAACUUUUAUGGCUGGGAAAGUGGUCGGGGCGCAUCUGGCUGCUCCCCCGCGGUGAGGAAGGGGCCAAGCCCUCGGGGUUAGAUUGUAAGUGGACCAGGCUUGGAUUCUCUGGAAUUCUCCUUUUCUGGAGACGGCGGAGGGGAAGGGCGUCGCUUCCCUGGGACGCCCCGGAUUUCCCGCUUCGGGUCUCAGUAAUGAGGAGACUGAGUUUGUGGUGGCUUCUGAGCAGGAUCUGUCUGCUGCUGCUGCCGCCCUGUGCGCUUGUCCUGGCCAGGGUCCCCGGCUCCUCAUCCCACCCACAACCCUGCCAGAUCCUCAAGCGCAUCGGGCACACAGUACGGAUCGGGGCAGUGCACCUGCAACCCUGGACUACAGCCGCCCGCACUACCACCAGCAGUGGACAAGGCUGGAGCGGGGCAGGGGGGCAACGUAAUGACAUCUACCCUGGGGGCGCCGCGGCGCCCGUCACAGCAGGCAAAGCCGCAGGGGCCCUGGACGGCCAGGGCAGGGCGGAGGCUGAGGCGGUGGCUGCAGUGGCAUCAGCAGAGGCGGGCGAUAGAAGUUGGCGGGCCAGGGCCCCCGCUCCCGUCGGUGGGGCAGAGGCUCCAAACCGCUGGAUUGGGAGCGCCCUGCACAGCAGAGGGGCUGGGCUGCCGGGAAGCGCGGGCGACUCAGCACUCUUCCCUCGGGAUGCUCUGCUCUUCGCUGUGGAGAACCUGAACCGCAUGUCGGGACUGUUGCCUUACAACCUCUCCCUGGAAGUGGUGAUGGCGAUUGAGGCCGGACUCGGGGACCUCCCUCUCCUGCCCUUUUCCUCCCCGAGUUCGGCCUGGAGCAGUGACCCCGUCUCCUUCCUGCAGAGCGUGUGCCACACCGUGGUGGUGCAAGGGGUGUCAGCGUUGCUUGCCUUCCCACAAAGCCAGGGGGAGAUGCUGGAACUCGAGUUCAUCAGCUCCGUCUUGCACAUCCCAGUAAUCAGUAUAGUGCGCUACGAAUUUCCUCGGAAGAGUCAGAAUCCCCUUCACCUACAGCUGAGUUUAGAAAAUUCAUUAAGUUCUGAUGCUGAUGUCACUGUCUCAAUCCUGACCAUGAACAACUGGUACAAUUUCAGCUUGCUGCUAUGCCAGGAAGAUUGGAACAUCACAGACUUCCUCUUCCUCAUCCAGCAGAGUGCCAAGUUCCACCUGGGAUCCAUUAUCAAUAUCACAGCCAACCUCUCCUCGAGGCAAGAUCUACUGAACUUCUUGCAAGUCCAGCUUGAGAGCAUUAAGGACACCACACCCACCAUGGUGUUGUUUGGCUGUGACAUGGAAAGCAUUCGGAGGAUUUUUGAAAUCACCACUCAGUUUGGAGGGAUGCCCCUGGAUCUCCACUGGGUUCUUGGGGAUUCCCAGAAUGUGGAGGAAUUGAGGACAGAAGGUCUGCCUCUGGGCCUCAUUGCUCAUGGCAAAACCACCCAGUCUAUCUUUGAACAUUAUGUGCAGGAUGCAAUGGAACUGGUAGCAAGGGCCAUUGCCACAGCCACCAUGGUCCAGCCAGAACUUGCACUCAUUCCCAGUACCAUGAACUGCAUGGAUGAGGGAGUCACCAAUCUCACAUCAGGGCAGUAUUUAUCAAGGUUUCUAGCCAAUACUACUUUCAGAGGGCUUAGUGGUUCCAUCAGGGUGAAAGAAUCCACCAUCCUAAGCUCUGAAAACAACUUUUUCAUCUGGAAUCUACAGCAUGACCCAGUAGGGAAGCCGAUGUGGACCCGCCUGGGCAGCUGGCAGGGAGGGAAGAUCGUCAUGGACUACGGGAUAUGGCCAGAACAAGCCCAGAGGCACAGAAUCAGCUUUCAACACCCUGCCCGGCUACAUCUGAGAGUGGUCACCCUGAUCGAGCAUCCAUUUGUCUUCACACGUCAGGUGGAUGAUGAUGGUCUGUGUCCUGCUGGUCAGCUCUGCCUGGAUCCCCUGACCAACAACUCCUCCAUAUUGGAUGGCCUUUUUGACAGCCUCCAGGGUGAUAAUGAUACAGUGCCCAUUAAAUAUAAGAAGUGUUGCUAUGGCUAUUGCAUUGAUCUCCUGGAAAAGCUGGCAGAGGACCUGAACUUCGACUUUGAUCUCUACAUUGUUGGAGAUGGAAAAUAUGGAGCCUGGAAAAAUGGCCACUGGACUGGGCUAGUCGGGGACCUCCUGAGUGGGACAGCCCAUAUGGCAGUCACUUCCUUUAGCAUAAACACUGCUCGCAGCCAGGUGAUUGACUUUACCAGCCCCUUCUUCUCCACCAGCUUGGGCAUCUUAGUGAGAACCCGAGACACGGCAGCUCCUAUCGGAGCCUUCAUGUGGCCACUCCACUGGACAAUGUGGCUGGGGAUAUUUGUGGCCCUUCACAUUACCGCCAUAUUCCUCACUCUAUAUGAAUGGAAAAGUCCCUUUGGAAUGACUCCCAAAGGGCGGAAUAGAAGCAAAGUCUUCUCCUUCUCUUCAGCCUUGAAUGUCUGCUAUGCCAUCUUGUUUGGCAGAACUGUGGCCAUCAAACCUCCCAAAUGCUGGACUGGAAGGUUUUUAAUGAAUCUCUGGGCUAUUUUCUGUUUGUUUUGCCUUUCCACAUACACAGCAAAUCUGGCUGCUGUCAUGGUUGGAGAGAAAAUCUAUGAAGAGCUCUCUGGGAUACAUGACCCAAAGCUUCAUCAUCCCUCCCAAGGCUUUCGCUUCGGAACAGUUCGGGAGAGCAGUGCUGAAGAUUAUGUGAAGCAAAGCUUCCCAGAGAUGUAUGAAUACAUGAGAAGGAAUGAUCCAGAGAAGCUGGACGCCUUCAUCAUGGACAAAGCCCUCCUUGACUAUGAAGUGUCUAUUGACGCUGACUGCAAACUGCUCACAGUGGGGAAACCAUUUGCCAUUGAAGGCUAUGGUAUUGGCCUUCCUCCAAACUCUCCACUGACCUCAAAUAUAUCAGAACUUAUCAGCCAGUACAAGUCACAUGGAUUUAUGGAUGUGCUGCAUGACAAGUGGUACAAGGUGGUUCCCUGUGGCAAGAGAAGUUUUGCUGUCACUGAGUCCAAGACUCAUAUUUGA